CUCACUCUAAUUCUAAUCUGUGGAAAGUUUCACUCAGGAAGGGCAUCGUAUUUUCCAGCUUUGCUUGAGUACUUUCAAGGGGGAAUGUGUCGUCUGCUCAGUCAGGCGUGACGUAACGGCGCACGCGCAACUUGCACGCGGGAUGAUGAAACAAAGUUAUAGGUGAGCAAUCAAUGAGACAGCCCCAUUUCUCCAGCAGCAGGUCCGCCGUGUCACGUUUAGCCACGGUGACAUCACCGUCACUGGGUAGUAUAUAAGACGGACUGGGUCGCCGCUUCCACCAUAUCCUCUCUGUCCACUCUGCAAUUAACUCACAGCUCAUUAAUACUGCCAGGACUCGUCUGCCUCACACACUUCAAGUGAAUCGGACUGAUUGCGGACCUUCUGCCUGCUGUUAACAAGGAUUUUAAAACAAACUUUUGACAGUUUCAAGAAGAGACAAUGUCUGGGUUUACUUUGAGCGCAUUUGUAAACUUUGCUGUGUAUGUUGUCGUCUGCUGCGUUCUGCACGUGGAAGGUCGACACGUCAAAAGAGCAUGCAAGAAUUCCGAGAUUGACAUCAUGUCCUCAACUGGAGCAAAGAUCGAACCGUGGACUUUGAGCCGGAUACAAUUGCCUCGUCUGUCAAAAACCUUCAGCAGUGACGGGCACAAACUAACUUUCGAGUUCAAGACAACAUCCCAGUCGGGGCUGUUGUUCUAUGGCACCAUGAGGAAUCGGAGAGCGUCCAAGCUCAUCGUGCUGCAGCUGGUCCGGGGCAAACUGUUCUACACCACCAGGUGCCCGUCAGCUGACUCCGGACUGCUCCUCCCCACACCCUACAGGUUGGACGACGGCAAGUGGCACACUGUUGAAUUUCGACGAGAGGGAAGAAAAGGUUACAUCAUUCUGGACAACCAACCCUACUUCAAAAGCUACCCAGUUACCUGCAAACUGACGUCAUUUGUUUUCGGCGGUCUUGAACCGGUCGACGCUGCCACCGUCCUGCCUCUGUUGCGAACGAGCACACAUUUCGAUGGCUGUAUUCGGAAUUUGAGUCUGAACAUCGACCAUGGUCUCGCUCCCCGGUACUACGCCGUGUCCAUCUGCAGCUAAGAUCUUGUCCAGUCAAAGUGGAACUUAAACGUAGAAGCCACGAUUGUUUGUCACGUUGGCUGUUUUGGCGCCAAUGCAAAAGCAGUCUGAUCUGUUAGAUUUUUGACGUCAUCAGAUUUUACUGACCAACCCGGGCAGGCGAGACCCGACAAGGGAGCGUGGUGAGUUUCCGACCUCUGACAACGCUUACCUGUUACAGCGCCACCCUGUUACAACCCCGUGUGCUUGACCACCUGUGUUCAGCUCGACCUUGACCUUGUGCACACCAUCGGCUACAUCAGCAGCAUUGACCUGGGCCUUCGUUACAACAUCGUCACAAUGGCUAUUCCAUUAUUCAACUUCAACCACUGCCGUCCAUUACAUUAUAAACUUCACCCUUGACCUUGACCUUACAUUACUGAAGGUCGCCUUGACCUUACAUUACUGAAGGUCUUACAUCCAGUCCCAGGCUACAGAGACAUGAUAUGGCUCAUGUCAAGCCUUUCGCAGAGCUCACAUGUCUAAGACGUUUUCAUUUGGGUUGUUUGUUGGGUUAGUUGGUUUUUUUAAAUUUUGGAAGUAGAUCAUGAUGUACUUUUUGUUUUGUCAUUCAACCUUCCGCUUCCACUUCAAUGACACUUGGACGUUAUGGAUGUUAAUUUCUAUUGUUGUAUUAGCUGUUACCGCGGAGUCGGCGUCUUACCAUGUGCCAUCACAUCAAGUAGUUCGCCAAGUCCAAGUAGUUCAUGUCGCAUUUCAAAGUUUGCUGUAGUAACUGUGUCCGUUACAUCUAAUGCGAUAUUGUUGUAGUUAUUCAUUUGAAGCUUGCCACACAUUUCUGUUAAUGCAUUUGACAUUAGUUUCAUUGGCGAAACCAUUUGGGAAAUUUAACGUACAAAGUAAAUAGUAAUGUUCUGCGGAGAUGAAUGCGAGACUCCGGACCGUUGUAAGGUCGUUGCUAUGGUCUACUUUAAAUAUAGACAUACAGCCUGCUUGGCACUGAUUCAGUCAUUAACUUUACAUUUAAGUAUAUAUUACAUAUUGUUAUUUAUUUAUCUGUGAUACAGUGUCGUCGUCAGUGUCUCCGCUGUGCAUGUCAAUACUGCGUACUCUAGUUGUCUGUUCGGUAGCAUAGGUUGUUAGCUUUCCUUGUUAUUUUGUAAAAUAUUUACAAUAUUGCUAAUAAAUUUAUUACAAAUAAUA